ACUGCAAGCGUAUCAGCGUGGUCUCUCCUGUCCUUCACUAACCGUCCACAUCCUGCUAGGCUCCUCUCCGCCGAACAGCAACCAUGGCCCUCCUCAAGUCAAACAAGGUGAUCCACUGCUUGGGCAACAUCUCCCCCGCUCUAGGAGCCUUGUCCAGCAGGAACAGCUCAUGGUGGGCUGGAGUGCAGAUGGGUCCCCCUGAUCCCAUCCUGGGGGUGACGGAGGCCUUCAGGAGGGACACCAACCCAAAGAAGAUGAACCUUGGUGUGGGAGCCUACAGAGAUGACCAGGGGAAGCCUUUUGUGCUUAGCUGUGUUCGUAAGGCAGAGGCAUUGAUUGCAGCUAAACAACUGGAUAAGGAGUACCUUCCCAUUGGCGGUCUUGGUGAAUUCGCCAAGGCCUGCGCUCAGCUCGCUCUUGGAGCCGACAAUGAGGUUCUGAAGAGUGGCAGGAGCAUCACUGUCCAGACUAUCUCAGGAACUGGAUCCUUGCGCAUUGGGGGUAACUACUUGGCUCGGUUUCAUACAGGUCCACAUGAUGUAUACCUGCCCAAACCCUCCUGGGGGAACCACACACCCAUCUUCAGAGACGCUGGCAUGCAGCUCAAAGCAUACCGAUACUACGACCCCUCCACCUGUGGCUUUGACUUCAAAGGAGCCCUGGACGACAUCUCUAAAAUUCCAGAGAAGAGCAUAAUCGUGCUGCACGCCUGUGCACACAACCCCACUGGUGUGGAUCCCAAGCCAGAGCAGUGGAAGGAGAUCGCAGACCUUGUGAAGAAAAGGAACCUGCUGGUUUUCUUCGACAUGGCGUACCAGGGCUUCGCCAGCGGUGACAUCGAUCGUGACGCCUGGGCUGUUCGGCACUUUAUUGAGACCGGCCACAACAUCGUGCUUUCUCAGUCCUUCGCCAAGAACAUGGGACUGUACGGUGAACGUGUCGGAGGGUUCACUGUUGUGUGCAGUGACGCUGAAGAGGCAAAGAGAGUGGAAUCCCAACUCAAGAUCCUUAUCAGGCCCAUUUACUCCAACCCACCAAUGAACGGUGCCAGAAUCGCCUCAACCAUUCUCAACACACCCGAGUUGCGCACUCUCUGGCUGGAGGAGGUCCAUGGCAUGGCCAACCGCAUCAUUAAGAUGAGGGAACAGCUGGUAGCGGGUCUGAAAAAGCAAGGCUCCUCCCACAACUGGCAGCACGUUAUUGAUCAGAUCGGCAUGUUCUGCUUCACAGGCCUUAAACCUGAACAGGUUGAGCGUCUGACAAAAGAUUUCUCGGUGUACAUGACCAAAGACGGCAGAAUUUCCAUGGCCGGCGUGUCCUCCGGGAAUGUAGGCUACCUGGCGGAGGCAAUCCAUGCGGUCACCAAGUAGAGGGGCUCUUAUUGGAAGAACAGAAGAUUCAAAGCUGCCGUCUUGAGGAGCCUCUUAUGCUUCACUCCUCUGUUUCACCUUCAAAGGAGUUGUUAAUAUUUAGUUUAACUUUUUCUCUUCUGGAUUUUAGCGUUAGUUCACUAUUGGGACGGUUGUUGGUAAAAAUCUUUUUUUUUUUUUUUUUUUUGCAAUCUCCCUCUGAACUGAUGCCCUAUGCCAUGUUUCAAACAUGUGACUGAGCUGAUUGUCUUUUAUUUACUCUUUGGAAUCUGCUGCUGACUCUGUAUCUCUAAUUGUUUGCUCUUGACCCUCAUGCAUUUCAUCUUUAGGGUAAUGCAUGUAAGCUUAAGGUGCAAGUUGAAAUUUCUGUUGCUUUGUGGAAAUCUUUAGGAAUUACAGUUUUUGUUUAUCAUUGUGGUGUUGUAGCACUUUAUCAAAUAUGUGGCACUAUUUUAGUUUGUUUCUGGGUUUUACUGUAAGAAUGGGCAUUUAUCAGUUCCCUUUUAAUUUCAUCAAGCACUGUUAUUUGAUCUUUGUAUUUAAAAUAGCUCAGUUAUCUCCUUUGCAUUCAGUACUUUUCCUCUAGGUUUGUGUGAUUCUUGAGUUUUCAUUCACAAAGCAGUAGUUUCUCAAUCGCUCCAUCUUAAAACUUCUCAGAAUAUAUUGAGCACAAGAGUGAAACUGGAGUAAUUGGAUGUAAGGUAAGAUGGAUGUUGUGAUAUUCAAUUUGGUGUUUCAUCAAACCAUAAAACCAAUCGAUUUUAACAAAAGCAGUACUGUGUCCUGUUCGAUACAAAUGGCAUUUGAAAUGUGUCCCAGUUUGCCUAUAUUCCUGGGACUUUGUCUCCAUGCUCAGUACUUGUGAAACUAAACAUCAUGGGUCAUUUACUUACUGAACAAACAAUAAAUCCCUCAAGAGAAAA